AUGUUGCAAACUUUCAGUAGCAUCCGAACAAGUGUACAACAUUUGUAUGAUAAUAGUAAUACUGUCAAACAUUUAAAAAGAACAUGUGUUGCUGAUUCACGUCCAAUUCAAUCCGUUUCCUACGAUGUCAAAUCCAAGCUGAUAAAUCUGUGCAUGGACAUGAUGAAUCUAGCAUCUGCAAUUGAACAUGGUUCUGGUAGGAAAUCUUUGUCAGAGUCCCUGGUUCAAGAUUCUAAUUUCCCACAUACCAAUCUCUCUUCCCUUCCCAAGCAAUUCGAGCUCGACAAAGAAUACAAUACAGAUGUCAAGAUUGACAAGAACUCUGAUCAAGGUUCUUUCCCUCAGGCAGCAGAUCAGAGAAGAAAUGAAGUUGAUUAUGGUAAUCAUGGAGCGAAGAUGAAUGUGGAGGAAAAACAGUUAUUACUAUCUGAAAUUUUAAAUCAGCAAAACCAAGGAUUUGAAAACAUCAGACUAGAAGGCGAUGAUGCUUUGUUUCUUGAUAGCAAUAAAUUUGGAUCUCUGUCUACUUCAACUUUGUACCAUUACUAUGAAAGUAAAAUGGCGGCUCUGAUAAGGAAAAAUGGAAUUCUAGAGGGACAACUAGCAGCUUCCCUCGCAAACAAAGAAGCCGCAGAGAAAAGCUUAGCAUCUGCUAUUAAAAGCCGGAACGAAAUGGAGACAAAACUAGGCGAGGCACUGAAGGAGAUGGAAUCACUGAGAGAAAAGCUGGGGGGUUUAGAGUUAGCACAAGAAGAGGCUAACAACCUAUCAAGCAUGGUCCAUUCGGAUAAUGUAUGGCUCGAACACGAUGUGGCCUUCCUCAAGGCUGUUUUAGAUGAUACACAAAAGGAGCUGCACUCAACCAGAGGUGUGAUUGCUGGAGAGAGAGCCAGGGCAUUCCAACUACAGUAUGAAGUAUUUCAUCUCAAACAGAGAUUGCAAUCAGUGGAGAAUCGAGAACCUACUCCAAGGAAACCUUUUCAUCUGCAGUGA